AUGGGUAUGUCCCUUCGCGAAAAUCUCUUUGGAGGCCUCCUUUCCGGGCUUGUGCUCAACGCUGUUCUCCUCGGUGUAAUCACCAUUCAGGCCUUCCUCUAUUACCAAAAGUAUCCCAGAGACCAUGUCAUUUUAAAAUUUGCGGUGGGGUUUUUAUGGUUCGUACAGACGUUUCAGGUGGUAGCCACGGUGUUUUCGGUGUAUCAGGAAUCCAUCACUCACUUCGGCAUUCUGUCGCAAUAUUCAGUAUGGACUGGUACAAUUUACCAGAUCCUCACAGUCGUUUGUUCAACUGUCGUCCAAUCCUACUUCGUCUUUCGGCUCUAUCGAUUUAGUGGAACGAUCUGGCUACCAAUGCUGCUUGUUCUGUUGACUCUGGGGCAAGUUGGGACCGGACUUGCAAUCUGUCUUAGAGUAAAUAUCACUCGCGGCGGCGAAAGCAUCGUCCAUUCCAUGCGCCCUCUUAUGGUCUCUUGGUUAACACUAGAGGCAGCGGCCGACCUCGUGAUUGCCCUCUCCGUGUCAUACUCCCUCCAGACGCGCCGCACGGGAGUUCUGCAGACGGAUACGGUGUUACGAAAGUUAACAAUAUACGCUAUCAACACCGGCUUGCUGACUAGCAUUCUAGCGUUGGUCGUCAUGUUUGUUUUCGCACUCUGCGGCCUCCACUUCGUCCACAUGAUAUUCAUACUGCCGCUCGGAGGAGUUUAUACUGCAUCCCUUCUGGCAAAUCUACAUUCGCGCUCGAGACUCUGGAAAGAACUUCAUCAUCAAGGAGAAAAUGACUUUCCAAUACACUUGUCCCACCUUUCUCCCAAGGCGAGAGAAAUGUAUCGCAAGGGAGAUCACAGUUGACCCUGAUUACAAUCAGGGAACUUCUCCCGAAUCUAGUAGAAGGUACCCACAUCAGUCGCGUCUAAAGAAAUUACCAAGACAAUCAAUCCAGCGUGAAAUAUACGCGCACCUUUGGGGGAAGACGAGACAGGUGUAUCGAAGUACCAUGCUCU